AACACUGAAGGUUGGGUCGUUAUUAACGAAAUGUGUCAUUUAUUUAAUUAGUGGAACAUGGAAAAAGAAGAACUGACGAUUAUCCCGGAUAAAGCAGUGUGUCAAAAAUUCGAAGAUCCAAAGUGAAGAUUGACAUUCUCAAUUUUUCAUUCGUGUUUCGUCGCAUUCAUUGUCAGCUGAAUGCUUUACCUCUUUCAUUCAACUUUUCUUACACAUCGUAAAAUGUCCCAUUAUUGUUAACAGAUGUACAAUUCGACUUAAUGAAUAAAUGGAGCAGAUAGCUUGGAAUCCUUUACCUCAGUUUUGUGGAGAUUUAAAAAAAUAAUCGGUUGUUACGGCCAAUUUAUGUUUGUCAGUGAAAAUUCUCAGUGACAGAAAACCUAUUUAUUCAGUGAGAAAAUUAUUUAACCAAAAUAAAUUUUAUUUUGAUCCCUCAGCGUAAAAUUUUCAAAAUUCAUGUUGAUUGUAUUCAUUGACAAUGAAAAUUUUAAAGUCUGCUGAUAAGUUCAAAACCAACGUGGUUUAAUCCCACUACAUGUUCUGUAAUAAUCAAUAUGACUAAACAAAUUCUGAUUAAAAAAAAUCAUUUCGUUAGCUAAGUGAUAUCAAAGACUUUAUAGUUAUUUAUUCGACAAAUUGCAAAAUGUUGAUUUUUUCAGCACAUUACAUCAGUACAUUAUAAACACCACGAGUGCUGAAAAACGAGUCUUUGAAAUGAGUUGCACACAUUUUAUUUUUUCCAAAAAUAUGCCACGAAAAUAUUUGCACUAGCUUAUGUUCCAAGCUAGGUUCCAAGGGAACCCACGUGUGAGCAUAACUUUUUUGAUCGAUCAGAACUUCACCUACUUCAAUAUAUUUUUAAUUUUUAACCAUGACUUCCUAUAAAGUGGAGCAACUACCAUCACCCUUGAAUGUAUUGGGAGAAGGCCCUCACUGGAGUAUAGAAAAGCAGUCUUUAUACUAUAAUGAUAUCUAUGGUGGAACUAUCCAUCGAUACGACUAUGCAGAGAACAAAACAUUUACUGCAAAAAUAGAUGGAUACCCAGUUAUUUCAUUCAUUAUCCCGGUGAAGGACAGCAAGACUGAAUUCAUAAUUGGAACUGAUAAGAAAAUUACUCUCAUUGAGUGGGACGGCAUUUCUGAACAAGCUAAAUUUUUGAAAACGAUCGGAGAGGUUGAGUUUGAUUUACCGGACAACCGGUUCAAUGAUGCCAAAACGGACUCCAAAGGUCGUUUCUAUGCAGGAACUAUGAGACUAGAAGCAAAAGGAGACAUUUUCGAAGCACGCCUUGGAACUUUUUACCGAUACGAUGCCAAGCAGAACAAGUUUAUUGUGUUGAAGGAAAAUAUUGGCGUUUCCAAUGGACUAUGCUGGAACGAGAGUGGCAAUUUGCUGUAUUAUAUUGAUUCAUGCGACUUGGAUGUCAAGGAGUUUCACGUGGACGAAAAUGGAGAUAUUUCAAAUGAGAGAAAAGUAGUCGAUUUUACUGUCAAUGAAGAUCGUCCCCCUUUCGUUCCUGACGGAAUGACUAUUGAUACGAAAGGAUUCUUAUACGUGGCGACCUUUGGCGGCUCUUCAGUUUACAAAAUUAAUCCCAAGAAUGGAAAAAUCGAAUUAGAAAUAAAAUUGCCGUGCGAACAAGUUACUUCGGCCGCUUUUGGAGGUCCAAACCUUGACAUUCUUUUUGUGACAACCGCAGCAAAGGAAUUUAAAUCGCCGCAACCUCCUCCAGCAGGCGCACUGUUUAAGGUCACCGGUCUGAAUGCGAAAGGAACGCCAAUGUACAGUGUUGACUUGAGUUAAUCAAGAAAAGUUUAAGAAAAUCUCGUAAAUUACACAACAUU